AUGUUUGGGCCGGCGCAACUGAUGACGGCUCUCAGCCCCCCGCUCCUGCACUCGUCUGCGGCCGCGGCGGCCCACCUCUUCCCCCAUGCUGCUUUCCACACUCGUCUGGGGCCCCAUGCUCCCAUCCUGCUGCCAGGGCCCCUCUUCGGCUACGAGCUCCUGAGGAGUUACCUGCAGCCCGAACCCUGCAAGCAGGCCCUGCUCCUGGCCUCCCACGCAGUGGGCCUGGGACACCUCUCGGAGAAUGUGGAUGAGCAGCGGCCAGUGAAGCAGCGGCGGGCGCGUGCCAACUACAGCAGCUGGCAGCUGGAGGAGCUGGAGAAGGCCUUCCAGAGCACACACUACCCCGACGUCUUCAUGCGCGAGGCCCUGGCACUGCGGCUCGACCUCAUCGAGGCUCGCGUGCAGGUGUGGUUCCAGAAUCGGCGGGCGAAGAUGCGGCGUCAGAUGAAGCUACAGGGCCACCACACGGGAGACCCCUGCUGCGGCGGAGGCAGGAGAGACGGCAGUGUGGCCGACGCGGAGAGAGACAAGCCGGAGCGACCCAGCUGGGCAGAGGCAGAGGCAGAUGCAGAGGCCGAGGCAGAUUCUCCAGCAGACGCUCUAGCAGCAGCCGCAGCAGACACGGCCCCAUGGCACGGGGCCCAGAGGAAGCUGGACAGGGGUGUUGUAGGAAACUGCUCAUGGCCCACUUCCCCACUCUCAGCGGCCAUGUUGGCUACAGCUGUGAACGGCACAGGAAGCCAGAGGGGUCAGGAGCAGGAGCAGGAGCCAGCGGGGCCACGGGGGCCACAGCAGCAGCAGGGGGGGCUCAGUCCAGAUGAGGUGCGCUCCUGCAGCAUUGCCAAGCUGAGAGCUAAGGCCAGGGACUACGAGGCGGAGAUCCACAGCAGUGUGGCCAAGGCUGGGUGGCAGAUGCUGCUGCAAGCCCAGGCAGCAAGUGUGGAUGUGGGGACCGACUGUGACUGA